AUGUGCAACGUGAACACAGCUGAAAAGCCGGCCUCCUGUGCGGACGAUAUGUGGCACUUGGCUGCGACUCGCGCUGAGGUUGCAAAGCUUGAGCACCAAGCGGAGCGACGGAAGAAGCAGGCCGAAACGCGGUUUAGAGCCGGAGGUUUCUCAUGCGAAGGUAGGUACCCUGAUCAAAAAGGAACAUCGUCGAAUGAGCCGAUAUCUUGUCAGGCCCAGUUGCUCGCAGUUCGAAGCAACAAACAAGCAGAAACGAUCCGCGAGAAGCUCAGAGCCGGUGAUUUCGACAAGAUGCUGAUCCCAGACCCGAGUGCUCCUGACCGUGCCAAAAACGGUUGCUGUUGCGGAAUGGUUCUGCCCUAG